UUUGAGCGUGUGUAAAACAUCGACCCCAAAAGUAUACGAAACUGUUCACAAGGAAGAAAGUCAAUUUCAACAGCUGAUAGAGACGGAAGUGUGGAACAGCCCAACAUGAGUGUGCAGAAGAAGCUACAGCUUACUUUGGCGAUCUUGAAACCUGAUGUUGUCGGCCAUCCACAUAUCGUCGAGAGUAUAAGAAGACUUAUCCUGGAAAAUGGCCUCUACAUCCUCAACUCCAAAAUGGUGCGCCUCUCUCCCAGUCGAGCAGAGGAAUUUUACGCAGAACAUAGAGGGAAGUUUUUCCAAAACAGGCUUGUGUGCUUCAUGAGCAGCGGGCCGGCGUGGAGUCACAUCCUCUGCGGGGACGAGGCCAUCACUCGCUGGCGGGGUCUCCUGGGGCCCACCAAAGUCCUCAAGACUGUGUUUGAGGAACCACAGAGUAUUCGAGGCCGCUUCGGUUUGACCGACACCCGCAACUGUGCUCAUGGCUCAGACUCGCCAGAGACGGCCAAGAGAGAAAUUGAGUUUUUCUUCCCAGAAUUCAACGUUGACUCGUGGUAUAGAGAAGAGCAUCACUUGUUCCAGCAAGAUCUGGUGAGGUUCGACCCCGACACCUUCCGGCAUCAAGUACAGUCAGAGGUCCCUGCGGAGAAAAGUUCCUUGUUGUGACA